GCAGGAGCUCGCCCCAACUUCCGGUACCGGCCGCGCCGGUAGCAGCGGCACCAUAGAGACGGGCGGAUAGAGAGGCGCGGCCCGCUGCCCGCGCCGGGGCUGUCUGGGCCGGGGGCGGCGUUGUCAUGGCGACGGGGAGGCUGCUGCUGCGCGCGGGGCCGCGGCUGGUGCGGGAGCGCCGGGGUCCGGUAUCACAUUGUUUGAUCAGAACAUUUUUUGGGUAUCCUUCAGCUAAAGCAGGUUCUGGUCUGGUCCAGCAGGCUAAAGGUGUUUGCUUGAAGUUCUGCAGACCACGAAGCUCCACAGCAGCUGCUGAUGCAUCUGGAGAGGACACUUUCCUCAAGUGGGGCCUUUUCCUGGUCCCUCUGACCACGUUCUGUCUUGGCACAUGGCAGGUUCAGCGACGGAAAUGGAAGUUAGAUUUGAUUGCACAGCUGGCAUCAAGAAUUACAGCAGAGCCCAUUCCUCUGACAUUAGACCCCAUGGAACUGAAGGAGUUGGAGUACAGACCUGUAAAGGUACGAGGGCAUUUUGACCACUCCAAAGAGCUCUAUAUUUUGCCACGGUCACUUGUGGACCCUGAGCGAGAAGCCCGAGAAGCCGGGCGGCUGACAUCCCACCCUGAAAAUGGAGCAAAUGUCAUUACUCCCUUCUACUGCACUGAACUUGGGGUCACAAUUUUAGUCAACCGAGGAUUUGUGCCGAAGAAGAAGUUGAAACCAGAGACCAGGCUGAAGGGACAGAUUGAAGAUGAAAUUGAUCUCACUGGGGUGGUGAGGUUAUCAGAAACCCGCAAGCCUUUUGUGCCUGAGAAUAACAUUGAGAAGAACCGCUGGCACUACCGGGACCUGGAGGCCAUGGCGAAGGUGACCGGGGCCGAGCCCGUCUUCAUCGAUGCAGAUUUCAAGAGCACAGUCCCUGGGGGACCCAUUGGAGGCCAGACAAGAGUGAGCCUGAGAAAUGAGCACAUGCAGUACAUCAUGACCUGGUAUGGCUUAUGUGCUGCAACUUCCUUCUUGUGGUACAGAAAAUUCAUACAAAAGAUACCUCUGUGAGGGGAAGGGCUGAUUUCUGCUCCUCUGGGCUAGUCUGGAGGAGGCUUUGCUAGAAGACAGCAGCCUGAUCAGUCUGAAGAGCUGAAGCACCCUGAACUUCAGGGAAACAUGUUCAGUGAAUGUGUGCAAGCAGCAAGCUGCAAACAGACACUAAGGAACAGAUGCACAACCUGAGCUCCUACCAGUGCAAGUCUGUCUGCAGCUUGGAAACUUUGAACUUCAAACCUAAGAGGCUGCAGAGACUACAGAAGUGAGCUUCACUGGAGAGCUCAAGGAUGCAUUUUUCUGUCAUGGGGGGUUUAAGCCACAUUAACUUCUCCAAUGCUGUAUUUUCCAAACAACAGUGAGUUUUGCGAAUCAAGUUUCUUUAUGCAAUCACUCCUGAAGUCAGGAGUGGUUCACAGCAGUUGCAUCAGAAUAAAUAAAGGGCCUAGAAGGUGCUUGC